CUCAAAAGGUAUUCCGCAUGUAAUAACACAGAGUGAACGUUAAAUGUCGGUGAAUAUCGAUAUGGAGAAUUUUUCAUUCAAGAACAAUUUACGUCGGCGCACGUUAUACACAUUGAAGUCUGCAGUUAAUGCACUUCGGCAAAUUGCUAAUUCGGAGCUGGAGGAGUUGGGUGAACAGCUGCCACGAUACCGGCCGGACUCCAUCGCAGCAUUACGCAAACUGACGCGCUUUAGCGAGCCGGAGCUCAAGAGACUCUACCGCGGUUUCAAAGCAGAGUGUCCCACAGGCGUUGUGCGAGAGGAAACAUUCAAACUUAUUUAUUCACAGUUUUUCCCGCAAGGAGCAAACACGGGUCCGUAUGCUCACUACGUGUUUAACACCUUAGACCAAGAUCGAAGUGGCUUGUUAAGCUUUGAGGAAUUCGUAACAGGAUUAUCAGUAUUGUCAAGAGGUUCUAUGGAAGAAAAACUACGCUGGACUUUUUCUCUGUAUGACAUAAACGGAGACGGGUACAUUACUAAGGAAGAGAUGACCGAAAUUGUAUCAGCUAUCUACGAACUAAUGGGGAAAAUUGUAGAGCCUAUAAUUGACGAUGAUGCGAUACGAGAAAGAGUCGAAAGAAUCUUUCAAAAAAUGGAUAUGAAUCGUGAUGGUGUGCUAACAUUGGAUGAGUUCUUGGACUGCUGCCUGCGGGACGAAGACAUCACUCGUUCCAUGGGUGUUUUCGACAGCAACUUCUGACCUGCAGUUCCGCGGUCACGCCAGUUCCAUACCUACCAUUAACACUUCCCACUUAUCAGAUUAGACAUUCAUUAAAACCAUACAGUGGCGGUCUAUUCCUAGGCAACACAAAAUCAUAUUUCUUAAUAAAGUUUUUCUUUCAAAAUUAGAUACACUAAGUAUUAAAUUAACAAAUAAAUUGGUAAAUUUAAAUAAUCUGUCGAGUUAAUACAUAAUGUUGGUCUAAAAUAAUAAUAAAAUUAUAAGGAACAAUAUUUUUCUAAAUCAAUUGUAUUUGUCGGUGUCCGACAUCGGUGUUGUAUUUAGAUAUUAUUAUUGUAUGAUCUGAAAGUGUUUCAUUUACAGAUAUCAUUUUAAUAUGUUUUAAGAAUUAAAAAAAAAAUAUAGAGUCAAUAUUAAAGAGAAAUUUUUGAAAUAUUGAAAUAAAAAGACGCACGUAGGCACAUCCUGAUAAAUUUGUAUGUAGCUGUACAAAAUCUGCAAUAUUAUUUGCAGAUAUUGCAGCAACAUGUUUGCUUUUUAGUUAUAUCGCUAGAUUUACAGAAAUAACAAGAAUCAACCAAGAACGCUUCUGCUAGACGUGCUGUAUGCUGUGUACAUUACAUAGUACUUACAUUAGGUACUAUUGUUAAUUGUAGUUUUUGCUUCAAUUUGUAACACCUUCACAAUAGUCUAUCACAAGAACAUAGAACAUUGUAACAAUAAACAAUUAUCGGAUGUAAUACUUCCCACAACAGAGCCCCGCUUCAGUAUUCAUAAUAAGCUGAUUUAUAUUGUUAUUCCGGCCAUUUUAAAUAGAUAUAUAGGUAGCAUAAGUUCUUGUAAAACGAUAAGACUAUCUUUCCUUCAAUAAUUAAUCUAACACAUAAACCUAACCUAACCCUAACCUAACCUUAUUUGUGCUCCGUAAAAACUUGAUAUUUCAUUAUUGUUAUAUUUUUCAUAGAGGUAGCACAUAAAUGGGUUGAUGAUUGAUGACUAGAUAGUUCGUUCGCACUUUAUUGCCAUAAAACAAAAUAAUAUAAUGAGUCCCCGAAUUAACUGUUUCAUAACUAAACUACCAUUUCGAUAUACAUAGAUACUAGACAGACAUCUUAGGUCAGUCUUCCAGAAGGCAUCUCAACUGUCAAUACGUAAGCCGUGAUAAAGUGUUCAACUGUAGGGAUUUUGGUCUUUUUUAGACACAUUUAUGAGGACAGUGAGAGAACACACUCUAAAUCACAGAUUACUUGGAAGUUGAAUAUCAUAUGGAGUAAUUACCUUAGAUUUUAUAAAUCCAUAAUGAUUUAAUUUGAACGCUGUCGUAUUUUAAUAAUAACUGAUUAAAACUUAUACGUCUCACCAUGACUGGCUUUUCUUAAUUUUUUUUUUGCAAUACUGCUAGGCAUUAUUUAAUUAA